UUCAUAUUCUAAAUUCUAUGCCUCCCUACCUCUAGCCUACCUUCCAUGAAAGGGCAAGCAAUCUGAUAGAAGUUACACAUGUACAUUUUUAUAGUGUAUAGGCUAGAGCCAAACACUGACUUUAGGCUACAUAGGCUUCACAAGAUGACUCUGCCAAGAAUACAUAUUUUCUCUGUAGCUUUUAGAAGAAUUUGAUUUAGGUCUGAAAGCAGUGUAGGUUUUAAACCCCUAAAGUAUCUAUAGGUCAGAGUGGAGAGCAUAUAUUCCUAGAUUAAGUUUUGACUGAAAUCCUAAGAGUGGUCUUGAAUCAGCAAAUAUGGGUCAUUUUCUAUUUUGCAUAAUAACAUUUUUUUUUAUUCCUGCAGAGAAUCACCCCAACUCUCAAAGGAUGAUGACUACAGAGAAUCAUUCUAUAGUAACUGAGUUUAUUAUCAUGGGAUUAAGUGACCAUCCAGAGCUCCAACUUCCCCUCUUCAUUUUGUUCUUAGGAAUCUACAUUGUCUCCAUGGUUGGGAAUUUAGUACUGAUUUUACUAAUCAGAAUCAGUUCUCAGCUUCACACUCCCAUGUACUAUUUUCUUAGUAACUUGUCCUUUAUAGAUCUCUGUUAUUCCUCUGUCAUUACUCCCAAAAUGUUGGUGAAUUUUGUAUCAAAGAAAAACAUCAUCUCCUACUCAGGGUGCUUAACCCAGUUCUUUUUCUACUGUGCUUUUGCCGUUUCUGAGUGCUACAUGCUGACAGCUAUGGCCUAUGACCGUUAUGUUGCCAUCUGUAGCCCCCUGCUUUAUUAUAACACCAUGUCCCAAAGAGUCUGCUUCCUGUUGGUGUCAGGGGUAUAUACAAUGGGCACUUUUUCAGGUCUGAUUCAAACAGCCUACUUGGCCAGACUGCUAUUCUGUGGGGACAAUGUUAUCAACAAUUACUUCUGUGACAUCCUUCCCCUCCUGAAGCUCUCCUGCUCUAGCACUUACAUCAAUGAGCUUCUGUUGAUGUUUCUGGUUGGAUUCCAUUCAUUGGUGACUACAGUACCCAUUUUUAUUUCUUAUGCAUUUAUUUUUUUCAGCAUCCUCAGUAUCCGUACUGCAAAGGGGAGAUCUAAAGCCUUCAGUACCUGUGGCUCCCAUCUAGCAGGUGUUAUCAUCUUUUAUGGGUCCAUUAUUUUCAUGUAUUAUAAGCCAGCUUCUAGUUACAAUGUAAUCCAAGAAAAGGUGGCUUCAGUGAUUUAUACUAUGGUUAUCCCAAUGCUGAAUCCUCUGAUCUACAGUCUAAGGAACAAGGAUGUGAAAGACUCAUUAAAAAAAGUCAUAAAAAGUGAGGUAUUUCCCCGAAUGAAGCAGUAAUCAAUAAAAUUAAAGUUUAUAAUUUAUUUCUAUUUUUCUUCCC